AUUCACUAUAUCUCAAUGCCACUUAGCCGAACAACCUGCACAAAGGGAUGUGACCUGGAUGCCCUAGGAAUUCCUGACUGCACCUGUUUCAUCAAGGCUUUGGUCACUGAGAUGUGGUCAGUUUUAGAGUGUGGAAAGGAUGACCAUCCAUCGGUCCAAAGACCAGCUCCUUACCCUACCCAACCUAUGGACAGGAUAUCACAUAAGUACUUUCUAAACAUGGUGAAUCUGCUGUCAGCAUUCCCAGCUGUCUAUGAAGUCCUCUCCAAACAACCACUGAAGAACAAAGACUCCUAUUCCUUCAGAGAGAUGCCUGAAACUAUUCCUGAUGUGAUUGAUCGGUUGAUCUUAGUAGACUCUGAAGCAAAGGAGCACUCACUCUUUAAUGUUGAAGAAAGCAACAUAUUUGGUCUUAGAUUACUGAGUGUGUUAGUCUCAUGUUUGGAUACCUUUCUACUGUUAGAGACUCAAUAUAGGAUUUGGGAUAGACUUCUAGAAGCACAGAUGAACAAUUGUAUGGAAAAGGGCGAUGUCAUGGUGGAUGCACUAUCCAUAGAACGGACCCACAUUCUGGUCCGGUCCUACGUGAUUGGUGGUCCCAGGGAACGCAUCCUACCACCCAGGAGCCUUUCAGAUGAUCAGGAAGAACCCUUCCCUUGGCCGAUCGUGACGAGCUUCCCGGUACCCAAGGAGUAUAUCCCUACUGUCUCCAGACAAUCAGUGCAAAAGCAAGACAAUGACUUAUGCCGAGCCUUGUCCAACGUAAAUAACACCAUUGACUGGUUGACGAACUGCAGAGAAGGCUUCCUCACUGUGCUCAUAGAUAAGCAUGAUGCCCUCAACUCUAAAACCUUGGCUGACCUUUUAGAGCAGGUAGUCAACGUCCAAUCCGAGUUACCAGAGUUUCAGAUCAUCCCGACCCGACAGGGUGCCAUCAAGGACAGUUCUAUCAAGAACCAGAAGCUUUCUAGUCUCCAAGAGCUCGGCAUCAGGAUGGCUGUCAGGUAUGGUCAACAACUGAAGGUGCUACUCAGUCCUGGUGAAGCAAUGGAUGAUUUGACUUUUCUCCUCAAGAAAUCAAAACAUUUUCUGCACAGUCAACAAAGAAGCAUGGCAUCAGAGAUGUGUGGUCUACAAGGGGAUUACCCUGGUCAUGAUUGGUUCAUUUGCACCAUCUUUCUCCUGUACGGGGGUGACAAAGAUCGGGCGUGGUCAGUGGUCCAGAAGAUGGCUUCUCUUCUUGUCUCUGCAUACAUUUGGAUGCCUCGACUCCAUGCAUCGGUUCAACUUCCUGUAGAGUUGGCUAUGAGUGGGAUCAGACCAGUGUUUUCUACAACAUGUUACUUGAUAGAGCUGAUCCUCCAGACUGAACUACCACAGCUCUACUCUGCCUUCAGACUCUCAGGGUAUACACCAUCACAGAUUUGUCAGCACUGGUUGAGUCAGUGCUUCUGGAAUUACCUGAACUGGCCCGAUAUCUGCCUCUACGUGUGCCUGUGUGUGUUGAUUGGCUGCGACUAUCAGGUCUACCUAUGUGUGGCCAUCCUUCGCCACAUGCAACCUACCAUUCUACACCACACGCAACAGCAACAGCUGCAGAUCUACCUCAAGGAGAACAGCCUGGAAGGAUUCCAUGUUGGAGAUCACCUAGCUUACAUGAAGAACUUGGAACGAAAAUUCAGAGGAACAGUCCUCCAAGACAUGCAGAACCUUAGUAAGGCAUGAUUAUGUUCUAGCGUUCAAGAAGAUAAUGGUGCAUGCUCCUGCGAUGAUUACUCUGCAUCAAUUAGACUGGUUUCCAUUCUUUGCACUUGUCUUGUGAUGUCACUCCUGCAUGUUAAGCCUUGGAGAUAGGUCUACGCUGUGUUCUUAACACCCUGUAUAAGUCACCAGAUUUCUCUCUAUUCUAAGAGUUUACAAACCAUUCAAGACUGAAGUUUUCCAGGGAUCUUGCAGCUAGUUCUACUCAUAUUAAUCCCUGCACUUGGGAUCCCUAUUUCAGUUCAGUAUUUCUUUCAUUUUGCCAUGCUUACUUGCAGCGAUUGCUAUACAGGUUGAGGUUGUCGACCUGCAAGUAGAAAAGUAUGCAUUGCAUUUCAUGGACAAUGAACGCUAAUGAUGCAUGAAACGUUUGAAUUGCUUAUACCAUAGAGGUAAAAAGAAUAAACAUUUGAAUUGCUUAUACCAUGGAGGUAAAAAUAAUAAACGUUUGAAUUGCUUAUACCAUGGAGGUAAAAAGAAUAAACGUUUGAAUUGCUUAUACCAUGGAGGUAAAAAGAAUAAACGUUUGAAUUGCUUAUACCAUGGAGGUAAAAAGAAUAAACGUUUGAAUUGCUUAUACCAUGGAGGUAAAAAGUAUGGAGGGACAAGAAUAUGAAAAUAACUUUCAAUUUCUAAAGAAGUACAAAAGAAUACACAGGUGCACUGUUGCCUUUGAUGGCGACCUGUGAUGCCGCCAGUUUUAGGGGAAACCUAAAAAGUGAUUUGUGUUGAAAAUAGAUAACUUGGAUAUUUCCAUUUUUAUCUUAUUAUGUCCUGAAAUUGGGUGAGAUAUUGAAAGAUAACACUUAAAAUGUGAUAAAACCUAAUAAUUUGACAUUUUUAAAAUCAACAUUUUACAAAAUCCCACGCUAUAAAAAUUUUAUGUUUUGUUGGAAUUUAUUAAUUUGUGAUGCUAUGUUACAGAACUGCGGCCAGUCAUAUUUCAAGAAAUACUGCAACAUUUAUUUUUGCUGUCCUCGUAAACGUUAGCAAUGUGUCAGCUCAUAUUAUCCAACCAGAGGCAGCAUAAAGUAAUUAUCAUGACAUUAGCAUGUUUCCUUUUUUCAUUCGCCUGUAAGUCUGUAGUUAGGCAGGAAUCUUUUGUCUACAUUCUGCAAGAAUUAUGCAACAAAAGACAUGUAUAAUAUAUGAUUAAGAUUGCGGCAUCAAAGUGGCUUUAAAGGGAAAGUGUUGGAUGGUUCUCCAUGCCUUAAAACUCCUUGCUUAUACCACUUAAAUUUAAACUGUAUCUAGAAGGCAUGCAUGCACCUUCAAAAUACCAAUGUCUUUCACGUCAGAAGGGGUAGCUGAUUCAUAUAGCUAUUGGACAUUUUUGUAUGUGUUUUCUGCCCCUAUCAUUUUGGCCUUUUUUUCCAUUGUUGAAUUGUGUGUCUUUCUUGUAUUCCCAUAUUAGUUAUCUUUUAAAUAUUUGUUCUUACACCUUGAAAUUGUCUGCUUACACUGAAGGUAUCCUACGUAUUUAUUGUAAAUAUGCUGGUAUUUAAACAAUACAUUAUAUUUUCUGGAAAAAAAAUAUUGAAGAAGAGAUUAACUGUUGCUUUAUAUUUCUUGGAACUGCACGAUAUUUGGAUAAUAAGGAUACAGCUGAAGCUGCACUAGUGUGGUCUGGUGGUUCUAACUCUUGCCUUUGAAUUAGAAGGUCAUGGGUUCAAAUCACAACCAUACAAUAGUUUCCUUCAGCAAGAAUUCGAUCCAAAAUGUGCUGCACUCAACCCAGGUGAGGUAAAUGUAGUGACAGUGCUUUUCCAUUUAAAAAAAAUGGUCUUUUCCGUUUCUGAAAAUCUGUGAUUCCGUUUCAACUUGAUCUAAAAAUGGAAAUUCCGUUUUGUCACUGAAAAUGUAAACAGCAAAAGCCUGAAUUCCGUUUUGCAAAGGGGAAUUCCAUGAAUUUUUACAUGAAAAGUAUAAUAACCAUACGGAAUUUCUGUUUUAUUUACCGGUAGAACGGAAAAUCACUGUCCCUAUAAAUGCAUACCGGUAGGGAGUAAUUCUUUGGAAAACUGUGAGCACAGCUAUAGGAGUGCUUUGAGCAGCUAACAAGGUGGCUAUGUGCACAAAAUUAACCAUAAUAGAAUGCCCCUCAACAUUUUUCUCGAUUAAUCCGCCUUGCAAAAUUUUUUAUUGCGGUCACUCGCUGACUUUUUACUUUCAAGUCUGGUGCAACCUUUGAAACCAAAAUUGCAACCCCCAGGUAUGCGGUUUUGAACUUACGCAACAUUGCUCAAAAACCUGAAUUCGUGUACAAAUCCAAUGCAAAUAAUGUUUUUAAGCAAAAAUUCAUAAAUUCAUCAUUAUUUUUCCUUUUACUGAUUAAAAUCAAUUAGUUUCAACUUGUUUAUGUUCAAUAUAAACUUCCUGACAAUUUCCAUUGAAAAAAAGGAUUAAAAAAGAAACAUAGAAAUACAUAAGAAAUUUAGAAAACAAUACUUAAAAUUAAUUAGAUGUUGAAUUUUUAAAAAGACAUUUGAUCAGAUUCUUAUAAAGAGUCUGUGAACUAACAAUUAGCAUUUUAGGGGCAUUAUUUAGUUAACUAUAGCAAACUUGAUUUUACACAUAAAUUAGCAUGAUUAAUUAGCAAUAAGAUUUUUUCGCAAAAUUUGAUCUUAUACAGUGCGUAUCAAAAAAAAGUUUACACUUUGAAAAAGCCCUGGGAAUUAAAAAAUAUACAACAUGUGGGUAAUUUUUUCACAUAUAAUCUUAGGUUUGGGUCUCAUCUAUCCAAUGCAAGUAAAAGUUUUGACAGAAUAUUACACUUGAGUGAGCACUGUCCAUUUUUGUAAAGCUCGCAGAAAUCUGUUUGCGCAGAAAUGCUCGUUUUCACGCAGUGUCAAGGAGAAAGGGCGAAAUCAAAUUUACCCUGCGAAACAUUUCUCAUACAUUUCCCUUGCAAUUUUUGUCAAUAGAAAUUAGACGGAUACAUUCAAGCAUUUUGUAACAAUUUUGCCACCCAAAUUGAAAUUUCAACACUUAGUAAGCACAACCUUUACCCUUUUUGUGCCAGCUGGAUCUGAGGACAUAACUAAAUCUGAACAAAAGUUUAUAUCAGACAUCUCUAGCAUUUUUUCACUAAGUUUUUAUCAUUUAUAGUGGGUUUACAUUUCAUUUUUAUUCAAUACUUGUUUUUCCACACCUUUUCCAAGCUUUACAAUGAUUAACAAAAUGAAAAUCAAGCCUAAGCCAUUUCAUGUAAAUCACAGCUCAGUGUAAAGCAAAUAUCGUCACGAUUGCCUCAGUGUGUGGGGGAGUGGGAUGGGGCGCAAUGCACUCUUCGAAGUGUUUUGGGCAAGGAAAAAGUUUUAAAAGGUAAAAGAUAUCUUCAAAUCAAUUUUAAUAGAUAAAUUCAACUUGUUCUUCAUGAUUAAGGUCUACUUUUAUUCGCAUAACUAUUUCAAAGUUCUGCGCAAAUCAUUUUUCACUAACUUUUCAAAAGUAAGUGAUGUUCACUCAAGCGGAAAUAUUUUUCGACAGUUAUAUCGUCAUUUGCUUAAAUGGAUCUGUACCAAUGUUACAAUGUGGAAAAAUCUUCAGGAUAUUACAAAUGUAUAAUUUUACAGGAUUUUUUCUAAGUGUAAACUUUUUUUUGAUACGCACUAAAGUUUUGUACAUGUAGAUUAUGCCAUGGGUAACUCGCGUGCCAAUUUUCGUUGCGAUCGCGUGAUGGUCUGAUGCACAAUUAUUCCCAUUGGUAUGCACUCCAUGUGAUACUGUCUGCAGCUACUCUAUACCUUGCAAAUUGUAUUAUCAGUCUGGUAAAUAUUUUCAGAUUUGAAUCAUUCUCUUCUUUUUUUUUCAUUUUCAGACAAUUACCUAUUUUUAAAUAGAAUUGGUUAAAUGUCUUAUUCAUUUAUUUAACAAAUGAGAAAAAGGUAGGUCAGGGCACCAUUCUAUAAAACUUUUCAGUACUAACAAAUAGUCAUUCUCUGACUGUUGCCAUGGUAACAAGGUUAGUUUUAUUUGGCCAGUCAAAAAUCUCAAAUUUAGUUGGUGUUGACAGUUGUCUGCAGACAAAAGUUGAUGAAACAGCCCUCUUAAGUUCAUGCCUUUGUUUUUUUUCCUUGAAAGAGGAAUCAUUGUAAAAGGCAAAUAAGCACUGAAAUUUGAUGUAUUUAAUUGUGUUCAUUUCAUGCUAUAUUUCAAUCCCUUUGAAUAUCACUAAGUUAAAUCAUUUUCCUGUUUAUCGUUUUAAACAUUUGCUGAAAUAUUUGUUUUCUUUAGUGUAAUUUUUUUUUCAUUAUAGUUAUGAUUUUUUGCAUACUUAUAUCUCUCUUGUUUCUUGUCUUCAUUUGCCCCAAUACUUCGUUUUGUAAUUAUUGAGCUAUCAAUAGGAAGGAUGAGCGGUUGUAUCUUAACUCUUCAUGCUAUUUAUGAUUAUUAUAUCUUAUUUGUUGUAAAUCUGUAAUACAAUUAUAUUUCUAAGAAUAUGACAAUAAUUUUGUGUGUGGAUAUAUUGAUGAAAUUAUGGAUCUGAAUUGAUUAACUCAGUGAUUUUGUGUAGUAGCAUCAUAUGAAUGUUAAGAUUUUGUGUAAUUGUAACAUUUGAAUUUUCCCUUUUAUUUGCCUCUGUAUUGCAAAUUCUGAUUCUUUAUUUGCCUUUUUAAUAGUACUGUAUGUAAUUGUAAAUAUAUACACCUGUAAAGUUGUCUUGAUAUUUAUUUGUAUGUAUGAAAUCAUAGAAGAUGAAAUAAAUUUGAAAUUAGAAGGAAA